AUGGCGGCGGAGGAUGACCUAUAUCAGCGCCUCAAAUCAGCCCCGGGGAAGAUCAUUGAAGACACCGAAGACGAGGAUAAGGAGGUGUUCGAGCUUGACAAAAUCCUGAAGAGAAGAAAGGGAUACCGAAACCAGUUCAACACCUGGUAUCCUCGAAAUGCCCUACGAGAAUCAGCAUCAGACCUCGUAGAGAGGGUCGAGCGGCCGGCCUUGAGAAAUCGGGGUCGACAGUAUCACCCGGCAGCAAGAAUUCUAAUACCGGUGCCCAAGAUUAUUUCGUUACUCAUCUUGUCCUACAUCAGGGAGAACCCCAAUCGACUGCCCACUGACUCAAUUGAGGCCCUCGAGGAGUAUUUUGAGCACUCCCCAAGGACGUCAACAAAGCCAUCGACGAGCAGAACACAGAGCAUUAAGCAAGAGCUAGCAGCCAUCGUCAAGUUCAUCAACUCCCAGACAAUCCGACCAAUUCGUCAACCCCAGAUCACUGGCGGACCAUCGACGUCAACCACCUCUCAGUUCUUCGGCAGUACCAGCACCUUACCCGGCACCUUUCCUGACGCCCCACCAGGACCUAUAUCGCAGGCCCUAGUCGUCGCCCCUCCGCAAGGCGACCCCAACAGAUACUCGAUCAGAUUUCAGCUCAUCAAGGAUUCACCACAAGCUCCACGCAGCGACAGGACUAAGGAGCUCAAGGGCAAGGUCCGAGCGAUCGCAAUCGACUACAAUCGACCCCGCAUAUCAGUCGAACAAGACCUCGUCGAGAGUGAUCUAUUUAACCUUCGACUCCGUCAGCAUCAACAACAGCUGGUCGACCUCAACCUUAGGGAGGACAGAGCUCAAACACUCGAACGGGACUCAAAGGUAGAGGUCACCGGCAACGAGGGAUCGGCAACAGUCAGCCAUGACAUCCAUUACAAGGAUGUCAACCUCUUUCUCGACUUGAUCGUAGAGCACGCAACUCGGCCUACUCGACGCGACAUUUUGAAGCGAGAUCUCGGGCAGCUACUCAAAGUCACUACUCAACAGUGGUACAUCAGUGUGCUUUCUGUCGUCGAACGACGUCAAGUGAAGGAGAAUCUCACCUUUUGGAAGACGUCAAUGGUCAAGAAAUUUGGAAUAUCAAAGACUGCCGCCGAAGACCAACUCAUUCAGUGCCUAUACUCAACAGAGGACUACAGGGAAGGAGUUCCAUUUCGAUCCUACGCGGCAAAUAAGAUCAGAUUCUGUAGGGCCAUGGGCAUCACCGACGCCCAUAGCAUUAUGACCUUCAUUUACAACGGCAUCGACCCCACUAUCUAA